AUGUGCCCAAAGAUAUCCGCAGUCAUUUUGGCUCAAGUCAUUCUGACUCGAGGCUCGAGACUCACGUUCCCACCCGACAGGCGCCCGCUGCAGCUCGAUCGUUCGCCCGCCAUGCGCGCGGACAGGAGCGAGUUCCUGCCGCUCCGGCUCCCCCUCGAGAGCGACUGCGAGCCAGGGGUGAUCGCCCCCGCGCGGGCGCCGGUCGCGCCGCGCGAGCAGCGCGCUCUGGCCGGGGCGGCGGCGCUGUCGGCGGCCGCGGCGGCGCUGGCUUUGCUGGCUGUGGCUUGGCGCGCGGGGCCCUCCACGGGGGCCGCGACUCUUGCUUCUCCCGAGGCUAUAAUUGUCGAGGCUGCCAGCAAUGUGAGUGGCGGGGAUCCCAGCGAGACCGAUCCGUGCUCGCAGACGGGGGCGUCUUGCGAA